UUUCCCUUUAUUAAGCUCUCCAAACUUAGAUAAAAAGACUUGCUUGCUUCUUGUUUCUUGGAUUAUAUAUUGUGUCUCCUGCAUCUCCUCAUAAUGGAGCAGGCACGGUGUUGGCUGUGGACUAAGAGGGGACAUAGUUUGAGUUCCAAUCCUCAAGCUGCUUAUGGAGAUUCAUGGGAAGAGAAAGCUUUUGCAGAGGAUGCAGCAGGGCCGCUUGGAGGAUGCAUCUGGCCUCCGAGGUCUUAUUCUUGCAGUUUCUGUAGGAGGGAGUUUAGAUCAGCUCAAGCUCUGGGGGGUCACAUGAAUGUCCACAGAAGGGACAGAGCUAGGUUAAAGCAAACCCCAAGUCCCCAAUCUGAAAUUCUUCAACAAAAUCUUCAAGAUCAUAGGAAUCAUCUCACCCCAAAUCCAUUUGCAUCUUCGGGGUUUCAUCAGCACCCAUACUCUCAGGUCUGUAACUUGGUUUAUAACCCUAACCCUAAUUCUGAAUCCUCACCUUCUAGGAUUGCCGCAGCUUCUUUAUCUAUUAAAGAUAAUAGCUCCUAUCAACAGACCUUGAUUCCUUCUUUUUCUUCAACAAUUCUCCAAGAACACCAAAAGAAGUCAUCCCCUCCUCCUCCUAAAUCAUGGUCAAACUUGGUUGCUGACAGAUAUGACCAUUUCUCUGAUCUGAUGAAGAGCGAAGGUGAGAAGGAUUUGAGAAUAGUAGAAUCAGGAUGUAAGACAGAUUAUGUCCGAACUAAUUUAUCUGUAAGCUUGAAUCUUGUUCUACGACAAACAUGCUCAACCCAGUCUGGUGGUGAUGAGGAGGAGAUUGUUGACUGUAAGAGAAGGAGAACUGAUGCAUUUUCAUUACCUUUCUUCCUGAAGCCUAUUUCACUUGAUAAGCACCAACUCCAAUCAGAGGUGAUUGAUCUGAGCCCUAGCUCAAGUGAUGAAUUGGAUCUUGAACUCAGGCUGGGCGGUUGCUGUCCCAAGGUAGAAUAAUUUCUGCAGCCAUGAGAAAGAAAGAUGCAGAGGAAUUCUAGAGCUAGCAGAUCAACAGAGGGAAAGUGAGAUUGUUUUGCUUUGGCAUUUUCGAAGUUCUACAUCUGUGUAAGAGGGGGUUUAAGGGGGGAUUGGUUGGGGUUUGUCUUCAUUAGGGUUUGUGAGUUGGAUAGGCAGUGGCAGAAGUGCACAUGGGGAUCAAAUGUCUGUUUCCUUGUUCCUAUUUUAAGGAGGUAAUAUAGAAUUGUAUGAGGG